CCGUGGGAAGCCAGGAACUUGAACCUCGAGUUUCCAAGCUUCGCAAGGUAUUUUGCUCAGAAACCAACUGGCCGACAAUAUACCGCCACGAUGCCGGUUCCCUUCGAAACGCUGAUUCCGUAUGGCAUCAUCAUUGCCAUGUUUGGCGUGACGGGCGCCGGAAUGAGCAAGAUCAAGAACAUGCAGAGCGGCGGCAAAAGGCACAGGUGGUCGAUUGAUCAGUGGGACAAACAAAUGAUGGACCGCGACAGGAGACUCACCGGAUACUUGCGGGGGCAAACAGACAACCCGAUAGCGCCGCCCGGGUUCGAGCUCAACAGCCCCUGGAGAGUCGAGAGACGAAUGUCAUAAACUUCGAUAACAUAGACAAGAGUACAUGCCAGGGAGGCAACGUAUACCAGGAGACAAG